GAAUGAUGUGGUGAAGGCAUUAUGUUGGUUGAGGGACAGUAAACGUGACGAGAAUUGAUAAGGUAGUGAGGAGGGGCAUGAAGAUGUGAAGGAAUAAUGUUGGGAUGCAAUAAUGGUGGUGACGAGAUGAGGAGGAGACAGCAUGAGGUGCUGAGGAGAUCGCCCCUCACACACACCGCCCCCUCCCUUCCUCCCAGCUCUGUCACACACGUCAACUUCAGUCUACUUGAACGGGGUCGACCACUGCGAGCCGGUCGGCUGCCUCAGGAUUUUAGAGAAGGAGGCUGGCAGUGAUGAGGGGAGGAGGAGAAGAGGACCGGGGACGACGUUCCAGCUAUUUUGAUACCUCAUAAGAACUGAGUCCAUCUGGGACGGGAGCCAGGAACGCUUACGUUAAUGAGUCAAAGGAAGUCGUUUCAGAUCGUUGCAGAUGUCGCUCGUUUUUUUACGAGCCCAACAUCUUUGCUUCGGAAAACUAGUUUAACAUUGUUCACGUGCUUGUCGUCCGUUCGGUUGGAUGGUGGUGGGACAAGUUUACGAGUCCGCCUGGCUGGAAUUCUCCUCUAUGUGUGGAUGUGCCGCUCCACUGGGACUAAACUGGAGCCAACAUGUACGCGGGACGCAAAAGAAGAAAACCGCUUCAGAAAGGAGCCAAACUUACCACACCAGAAGUGCACAAGUCCAACCCAUCCAAGCGGCAUCGGGACCGUCUAAACUUAGAGCUGGACAGGCUGGCCAGCUUGCUGCCCUUCCCUGAGGAUGUCAUCUCAAGCCUAGACAAGCUGUCCAUUUUAAGGCUUAGUGCCAGCUACAUUCAGGCCAAGACAUUCUUUUCAGUGACAUCAAACAAACAUCUUUCUAAUGGUGUGAGCAAAAUUACUGACGACCAUGAUAGUGAGGUGCCAGAACAGACAGCCCAGUGUAUGCCAGAAGGGGAACUGCUGCUCCAGGCUCUGAGUGGAUUUGUCCUGGUCAUCACAGCAGAGGGAAUCAUCUUUUACUGCUCUCAUACCAUCCAUGAUUACCUCGGCUUCCAUCAGACGGACGUGAUGCACCACAGUGUGUUGGAGAUGAUUCACACUGAAGACCAGCAAGAGUUCAAGAGGAACCUGCAUUGGGCGCUCAACCCUCCCGACAGCUUUGGAUCCCCCUCGGACACUGCAGCAGUAGACGGCGAGUCAGCUCCCUCAUACCCGGUGAGGUACAACCCUGAUGAGCUUCCUCCGGAAAAUUCUUCCUUCUUUGAGAGAAGCUUUGUUUGCCGCUUCCGCUGCCUACUGGACAAUUCUUCUGGCUACUUGGCGUUGAGCAUCCAGGGUCGACUGAAAUUCCUCCACGGGCAGAGUGGACUGCGGAGUCCCAAUGAGCAAGGUGGCCCUCUUCAGCUCGCCUUGUUUGCCAUCGCCGCACCACUGCAGUCACCGUCUAUCCUGGAAAUCAGAACAAAGAACAUGAUCUUCAGAACCAAGCACAAAUUGGACUUCACUCCCAUGGCCUGUGAUGCAAAGGGUAAAAUUGUGCUGGGUUAUACGGAGGCAGAGCUGCGUGUCCGAGGUUCGGGAUACCAGUUCAUCCAUGCUGCCGACAUGCUGCACUGUGCUGAAAAUCAUGUCCGAAUGAUCAAGACUGGUGAGAGCGGCCUCACCGUCUUCCGGUUGCUCACCAAGGAUAACAGAUGGAAAUGGGUCCAAUCCAACGCCCGCCUCGUCUACAGAGAUGGCAAACCGGACUACAUCAUUGCCACACAGAGGCCCCUGGUAGAUGAGGAAGGAGGGGAACACCUGAAGAAACGCUCCAUGCACCUCCCUUUCACCUUCGCCACUGGCGAGGCACUUCUCUAUCAGACUGGAAACCCGCUCUUUGGCUUUCCCGAAACUCUCAAGGGCAAAGCCAAAUGCAAGAAGGGGAAAAUGGAAAAUUUCCCUGAGAACCUACAUCCAAAGUCCUUACUGGAAGCACUGAUGAGCCAGGAUCAGUCUGCUUACGUCUGUCAACCAGAUUCAGAGGCUCACAAGUCCCACCCUUGCAGUACUUUUAGCAAACAGCAAGAGGAGACUGCUGGAUUUGGCGAGAGCUGGCAGAUGCAGGCAAGAUGCAACAGGGAAAAGUCCAAGUGUGAUCUAGCCACCCUGGACGCUCUUUCUCUGGAUGGAGAUGAAAGUUGCUCCAACAGCGAGCUCCUCUGUGCCUUGGAGAACCUUGGCUUGAAUGCUGAAGACCUGGAACUUUUGCUGCUGGAUGAGAAGAUGAUCCAGGUAGAGAUGGUUUCCGGCAAUGGCCCCACAUUUGGUGAACUCACCAACAAUGAAAUGACGUCCCACAUUCAUGAGUCAUCGGAGAUGGAAUCUCAUGAAGAAGAACACAGCGACAUAGUUGGAUUUGGACUCAAUGACAUUUUUCCAGACAUUGCUCCAAGUUCUACCCAGCAAAUGCAAGCACACCGUGUGCCUGCUACCCCUGCCAUUCCGUCCGUUAGCGGGCAAACGCAGCAGCUGCCCAUCGAGGCAGGCGGGCUUCGGUUUUCCUAUGGAAGUGUCGAUGCCAGCAUCCUCUCUGGUAAGAGCCGCUGGAUGCUUAAGGCUGAGAAAGCCCAGCAUUGUGACACCCACACUACUCACCAAACUCUUGUCAACGAGGAGAACAAAGAUGUUAUCUCAGCACUGGAGCCAAGUCACCACUGGCAGCAGAGAAACAGCCAGACUUUCUCACCCAGGUCCCAGAUGUUGGGCGGAACCUGUUGCUCCAGUAAACACGCAGCUUUUUUUCAUAAUGUAUUGGUUGACCCUGUAGUCUCAACCACACAGCACGCGGACGGCUCAGAACUGAAUACCGCUGAUUUUUGUCACGACGAACACUUGGUGCAGCCACACUCACUGCAGGGUCAGCAAUCCCACAAACUCCAGAGUCCAGUUCCGCAGCCAGUUGUGGCUCAAUGUGCUGCUCUGGAACUGCAGCAAAUUUUGGCUCUGACGCAGCCUUCGCUCGAGGCCUACAGGCUGUUCCACAAUGCCGGCGCAAGACAGGAUGACCACAAUCAGCUGGAAAACGGUUGCCUCCUCAAUGCCUCCAAUGCCACCUUCAUCCGGACCUCUCUCAUGUCCAACGGGGACAGAGAGGUGGCAGCCAAUUUUCCAAACUCGUGCCCCGAUGGUCUCACAGACGCUCAGAAGUCAGAAUUUAUACUCUGACAAGAAGGGUGGCAGUAAUAUGCCUCCGUAAAGACACGCCAGCACGUCGCCACUAUGUCAGGGUACGGCUGGCGCAUCACAUUGUUUGUUGACAUUUGUUUCUUUUUCCUUUCCCUGCUGCUGGCAAGGAGCCCAACACAUGGCAGCAUCCCAACAUUAAUUGUCACGUGCAUUUUUGCGUCAGAGGACUGCAACCAUGUUGUGCGCUUCAUUAAUGUCCCUCAUGUUCCCGACAUAAAAAUGGCAGCUCGGUUAUGUCACAAGAAAAGCAUUUUCAUUUUCCCGGGUGGAGAAGUUACUGGCUUGUUGUUGCUGAUUAACACUUAAUGCAGAUGGCGAAAUAUGUAUAGACAAAGUCGGGGCUCCAAUUUGUGGUUCUCUUGACUCAGAGGGAUAACAUUCCCCAUGGUGAGCUUUUUUUGUUCUUUAGACCUGCUAACCAGAACAUGUACCGAACAAAAAUAUAAAUGCAACACUUUAGUUCUCACCCACAUUUUUAUGAUCUGAAGUCAACGAUCAAAGCCUUUCCUAAGUACACAAAGAGCCAGUUUCCCCUCGAAUAUUGUUCACAACUGUGUCUAAAUCUGUCUUUUGCCGAAAUAAUCCAAUCCCCCUCACAGGCGUGCCGUAUCAAACGCAUAUUGACAGCAUGAAUACUGCACCGCUGUGCCUCACAUUGCUCCUAGUAAACGGGCCCCCAAAAAGUGCACCUUUACUGUAUUGGGGGGAGUCCAUUGUCAGCGGGGUGGAGGGUUUUCAGAGAAGCUGUCAAGAUCUGGUGUGACCAAUCUUUGCCUCAGGCAGUGCAAUGCUUCUCCUAUACAUUGAGUUGAUGAAUUUGUUGAUUGCCAUCUAUGGAAUGUUGGCCAACACCUGUUCAAUGGCUGUGAGAAGUUGCUGGACGCUGGCAAGAAGUGGAACACGCUGCCAUAUGUGCCCAUGCAGAGCAUCCCAAACCUGCUCCAUGAGUACGCUGGCCAUUUAAGAACUGGGAAGUUAUCGGCUUUCAGGAAUUGUGUACAGCUUCUUGCAAGUUGAAGUGAUGGCCGUGAUUGAAUGGUGCAACUGAGAACUCCCCCCAGGUCCCGCACAUCCCACAAUACAGUUAAAGUGCACGUUAUAGUGUGGACAACGUCAGGCACGCCUGUGUACUAAAUAAACACACCAGAUGGUGACUGGUUUACAAUCCUUAAAUAUUUGAGAGAAAUAGGCCUCGCUUGUACGUAGAAAGUCUGCUCAGGAAGAAUGGAAGCAAAAGCAAAACUGUUGCAUUCAUAUGCCUGUUCAAUACAUGUCUAUUGAUAAAUAUUCUGAUGAAAUUUGUUUUUCAUCAUCCGCAUUGAAACGAGCACACAGUGACUUAGCAACAUUUAGCAUUUACCACAAAUUCCAAACCAAAUGUGAAACAUGUCAACAGUGACUCAGUGUUGAAUGUCCCAAAAUGAUUUAAAUGAUGUGUUCUUGUUUUUUGUAAAAUUAUUUUUGUUUGUUUUUAUAUAAAAACAGUUUUGGAACGUGUACUUUUGAGUGAAACAAGACAAUCAUAUUAUGUGCUGAAAAAAGUAGCGCUCUGCAUGUAAAUGUAUGUUGUUGUUUUACAAAGACAUCUUAAGAAUCACCUCGCACUCAAGUCGUAUAAUAGAAAAAAAAUCUAUAUUUUAUGAUUCUGGUUUGUAUGCGUCUUGCUUUUUGCCAUGGUAACAAUGAACUACCACAGAGGUGAGGUGAGUUUCACCAGCAUUCACCUGAUUAACAGCAACUUUGGCAAGCAUGAAGUCCUGCUUACUCUUCAAGGAUCUAUUGCCUAUCACCGUUACUUUUGUCUCAAUCAAAUGAUCAUAACUACGUUUCUAAAACGUAUCGUCUUUCAGCUAUGUGGAAAUAAAACGUUUGGUACGAUCACAACCAAA